AGCUCUGCAGCGCUAAUGGCGGCGGUUGGGAGUUGUGGAGGGCUGCGCAGUGCGCACGCGCGGUAAAUCGUCAGCAGCCGUGGCAAUAAUGGCGGCGGCAGCGGCGGCGGUUGGAAGGAAGCCGUUGAAGGGUCCCUUCCCUCGAUGAGGAGGAGAAGGAGGCGGCCAUGGGCUCCCUGAGCAGCCGGGUCUGGAGCGGCCGGGAGGCUUGGGGCAGAGGAGCCCAGGGGUCGCCGUCUUCGUCUUCCUCCUCGCUGCCUUCGUCGCCUCGGGCGCCGCUGAGAGGGAGUCGCUUCCGCAAGAGGAAGAGGGCGGACAGGCCCAGCACCGAGACCGAGAGCGACGAGGAGGACGAGGACGAGGGCGGCGGCGGCGAGGAAGGGGGCGGGCGGCGCCAGGACAGGAUCCUCAACACCCCCCGGAGGAAAAAACUCAAAAGCACUUCCAAGUAUAUCUAUCAGACUCUGUUUCUGAACGGAGAAAACAGCGACGUCAAGAUUUGUGCCCUGGGAGAAGAGUGGAACUUGCACAAGAUAUACCUGUGCCAGUCUGGCUACUUCUCAAGUAUGUUCAGUGGUUCAUGGAGGGAAUCGGGAAUGGAUGCAAUCGAACUGGAAAUCCCUGAUCAGAAUAUUGACAUUGAAGCUUUACAGAUCGCCUUUGGGUCACUUUAUCGGGAUGAUGUUUUAAUCAAUCCAAGCCGAGUCAUUGCUCUUCUGGCUGCAGCCAGCAUGCUCCAGUUGGAUGGCUUAAUACAGCAGUGUGGUGAGACUAUGAAGGAAACCAUUAAUGCAAAAACUGUGUGCAGUUACUACAAUUCUGCAGGAACAUAUGGAUUAGAUUCUUUGAAGAAAAAGUGUCUGGAAUGGCUUUUGAACAACCUGAUGACACACCAAAGCGUAGAACUCCUCAAAGAACUCAGCAUAAGCCUCAUGAAGCAGCUGAUCAGUUCUUCUAACUUGUUUGUCAUGCAAGUGGAGAUGGACAUCUACACUGCACUCAAGAAGUGGAUGUUCCUUCAGCUGGUGCCUUCUUGGAAUGGAUCACUAAAACAACUCCUAAGUGAAGCAGAUGCCUGGUUUUCCAAACGCCGGAAAGAUUUUGAUGAUGGGAUUUCAUUCUUGGAAUCUGAACAAGGUAGUGCCUUUUUGACCGUCUUCAGACAUCUGAGGCUACAGUACAUAAUCAGCGAUUUGGCAUCAGCAAGAAUUGUUGAGAGAGAUAACCUGAUACCCACAGAAUGGCUGUCUUCUGUUUACAAACAGCAGUGGUUUGCCAUGCUUAGAGCAGAGCAAGACAAUGAUAUCGGGCCUCAAGAAAUUAGUAAGGAGGAGCUUGAAGGAAACAGUAUGCGGUGCGGCAGAAAACUUGCGAAGGAUGGUGACUACUGCUGGCGGUGGACAGGCUUCAACUUUGGCUUUGAUCUGCUGGUCACAUACACCAACCGCUACAUCAUCUUCAAGCGCAACACCCUGAACCAGCCUUGCAGUGGCUCUGUCAGUCUGCAGCCCAGGAGGAACAUUGCUUUCAGGUUGCGUCUGGCUUCUUUUGAUAGCAGUGGAAAGCUUAUUGGCAGUAGAACUGUGGGAUAUCAGAUAUUAACCCUCGAAAAAGAUCAGGAACAAGUAGUGAUGAAUCUGGACAGCCGGCUGCUGACUUUCCCUCUGUUUAUCUGUUGCAACUUUCUGUAUACGUCUCCAGAGAAGAGAAAGGAAAAUGAAGGGCAGCCAGAGAACCAAGAAACCUGAGGGUCACCUUUGAAACUUUCUUUCAUGACAGCUUUAAUCCAAGUGCACUUGACGCACAGUGCGGGAAAGGGAUAAAAAGGCCUUACACAAUGUAGCAGAUACAAAUGCAACUUCCACCUUCAUUUGAACACUCCUAUGCAUAUCAGAAAGGGUUCAGAUUAGCUGUGCCUCAACUGAGGCAUUCUGUGCAUCUUCAAGGAGCUGCCAAGAGAGAGACCUGUUAUUUCUCCUGCCAGUUACAAAGAGAAUUUAAAUUUAGCUGAUCCAAAUGUGAAAAGCACAUCUGUACAAUCAAUGAUGACUUUUAACAUAAAUGUAACCUGGUUUUGUUUUUCUGACUGAACUCUUGAAUAUUUAGGGCCUUUUAUUGCCUUGACAAAAUCCCGCUGUUCUUCAGUGGUUGGACACCGGAGUGCAGCUGACUGGUUUCAUUCGUGGGGUUUGUUUUUAUUUUAUUACUCAUUCAGCAUUUGGGGCUGGGGUAGAUUUCCCGAUGAGUUGAAACCUUUAUGUAAUAUAGCCUGUUUCAUUUUCAAGAUGUAUAUUUUUAAACAUUGGAUAUGUUGAGAUUUUUUUUAAAAUUGGUUUUGUGGAAUACACCGAAGCAGAGAGGAAUUUGGUGGCUCAGCAGUUUCAUAAAGACGGCAGUCACUGUACAAGUAACCGCCACAAUGUGGGAUAAUGGUCUUUGGCCAUUAAAGGCAAGUGCAUUCUCUGAUACCACAGAUGAGUAGAGAUGUUUCUGCUUGGAUUGCCAAGUCCUGACCCCAACAUAGACCACCUGCCUGUAUUUAGAUUGUUGUGUUCUGUCCACUAUGAAGAGCUACCUGCAUUAAAUUCUGAGUUCCUAUGCAGUUUUGAAAGGCACAGGAGGCUUCUCAAGGUCUGGGCUGUUCCCUCUAUUUGAGAGAACUAGCUCUCUGCAUGUUAGCGGUAAAACCUUGUGUCAGGACCAAAGCACUUGAGUAAUGCCUUCAUAAUUCUCCGUCAUGUGUCUUAUGUGCGUGGAAGCACACAAUGCUGUACGUCAGCUUGCCUGCAGGUUUUAGCUAGUAGCCAGUUGGAGCCACGUGUACAAGGUCUUUAAGCAUUUUCAGCCGCAUUAACCUCUAUUUGUAUUGGGCGGAUAAAUCCUGACUCUGCUCAGGAACAUGCGAACUUCCGAGUGCCUUUUGAGUUACAUGUGCAUUCACCCUUUUUUAAGUAUUAUUUUUAACUGCUGCUUGAGAGAGGUGGUCACUUCCAAAAAGAGCAACCAGAAUCAAAGGAUUCAUGUCCUGAACGGGUGUUUGAUGAAAAGGAAAAGUGGCCCAUUAAAGUAGCAAUGUGAACUACAAAUGACUGUGUACAUACCUUGGGUCAGGGUGGGGGAAUACUGUUGAAUUACUACCUUUCCAUUUUUGUUGACAGCCUAUUUUGUAAUAUUUAAUUAUAUGCUGUUUGUAUGCUAUGUAGAUAAAAUAACAUAUUAAGCAAACUGAAGGAAUGGCAAAUGGUGAAUAACCUGCUAUUCAGGGUA